AUCAUUCUCUCUUCAGGCUCUCAGGUCUGUUGCAGCCAUGUUGGUCUUUAGUUUUCUGGCUCUGCUGCUGGUGUCCUCUUCCUGGGCUGAGGACGAUGUUGCCACCAUUGAGGAGGACACAUCCAGGGAGCUUUCUGUUGGUGAACUUCUGGAGAGAGCUAACAGAGACCGCAAUCCUGGCCCUGAUGAGCCCACCCUGAUCGGAGGAGACAUCGCUAUCAAGCCUGGUGCCGACAGAAACGCCGACCCCUGCACCUCCAGAGGCUGCCUGUGGCAGAAGUGGACUGAUGGGAAGGUGUACAUCCCCUUCUUCAUUGCCAACCAUUACUCCUCCAGAGAGAGGUCCAUCAUCACUCGUGGACUGGAUUCCUUCUCUGCUGUCUCCUGCAUUCGCUUCAGGCCCUACCAGAACGGUGAUCGUGAGUGGCUGAGCCUUGAGUCCAGGGAUGGCUGCUACUCCUACGUGGGUCGUCAGGGUGGAGGUCAGACUGUGUCUCUGAGCCGUCAGGGCUGCCUGUACCACAGCACCGUCCAGCACGAGCUGCUCCAUGCUCUUGGCUUCAACCACGAGCAGACUCGCUCCGACAGGGACAGCUACAUCAGGGUGUACUGGGAAAACAUCAUCGAUGGCAUGGCUUACAACUUUGACAAGAUCAACACUCUGAACCAGGGCACUUCUUAUGACUACAACUCAGUCAUGCAAUACGAGAAGUACGCCUUCUCCAAGAACAACCGUCCCACUAUGCUGCCCAUUCCCAACAACAACGUGUCUUUUGGCCAGGCCACCCAGAUGAGCCAGAAUGACAUCGACAGGUUGAACAGGCUCUACAAGUGCUAGACAUCACGUGACCUUUGACCUGCUGGGCCAGUGACAUCAGUGCAUGCUUGCACAGCAGACGGGUUUACAUGAGUUUGCGUAGUCUUUUAAGAAUAAACCUGCACACUUCAAAGUUUGCUGGACUGUUUUAUUAAAUGGAAAACUUCACAAACAACUUUUAGAUUCUCAACAUGUUCAGGAGACAUAUUUUAAAUCCCAAAUUAUUCUAUUUUCAUAUCACAAACAAAAAUGUCAUGGAUCUAAUAAAUCAUAACAAAU